CCCCGAAAGUCGGUAUUUUUGACGCACUACAAUGUGGUCACAUUAUUGAGAUGCCCAGAGACGCCACCGAGUAAAUAAGUUGAUUUAUCCAGAGCGAAGCGAUUCUAUGGACGAACCGCCGUCGUACCCCGAUUUGGCGACCCUAUGCCGGCUGUGCCUUAAGGAGCAUCAGAAUGCAUACUCCAUAUUCGAAGAGGAUGAAACCCAGCUUUCGAUUCCAAUGCGACUGAUGGCCUGCGUCGCCCUCGACGCCAAGGCGACGGAUAGUCUGCCAAAAAAGAUCUGCCAAGAGUGCCGCUACCAACUGGAAAAGUCCUUCCUCUUUCGUCAACGCUGUCAAUGGGCUGAGAAGAAGUUGCGCAAGCACAUUCGGCUUCUCGAACUGGGCAAGCGCAGCCGUGUUUUCUCGAAGGACCCGGACGACUAUGACGAAGAUGAGCUCGAGUUUGAGGACUCGAUAGCGUUUAUUGAAGGGCAGGACAAAGCCCGAAAGCUAGAGGACCAAAAGUGGCGUGAGGAGUUCAAAGAGGAGCAGGCGACGGAGUUCAACAAACGGCUGGUCAAAUCACGCCUGGAAAUGCGUGCGAAACUGACCACUGAGCUACGCAAAGGAUUGGCAGAAGAGGUCCGCAGUGAGGUGCGCGAUGAGCUGGCGGAGGAAGUACGCAAACAGGUGAGGAAUGAGCUGCGCGACGAGCUUAGCGAGGACAUGCGAAAGGAACAGCUGGCCAUGCUCUUGGGCGAACUAGAGGUAUAUCUUACCGAAAAGAAAGCCGGUCAAUGGGAGUCUUUGGACGGUUCCGAGCCAGAAACAAAGGCGCAGGCUAAGCAAGACUCCUCGUCCAGGCUGAAGUUGAAAUCUUCUACAAAGCGGCACCUUAGCUCUCUGGACAAGCCACCUAUGCCACAAUCCAUAAAGAAGGAAAAGGAAGAAGAAUUCGUUAUGGAGUGCAAUUCUGACCCCACAAAUGCUACUGAAGUAAAUCUAGAUGCUCUCGAACUGGAGGAAGAAGUACCCACGGAGGCCGGGGACGACUUCAGAGACAUCAAAAUGGUCGGCACAGGGGAUAUGGUGCGCACCGAGGAUGGAGAGAUUUACAUUAUAAAUUCUACCAGUUCAGAGGAUCAAAAGGCGCAUUCAAAUCCCGAAUUCGACCAAGAUAACGACAUAACCUCGUACAACAUCAAGGAAGACGGCGAGAUCCAGUUCAGUGGCGAGAAAUCGGAUGAAAUCGAAGAUGUUGUCGUGUUUAAUCUCGGCGACGAGAUGUCUGAAGAACAACAGGUUUUUAAUUUCGACGAAAAUGUCAUUAUUGUGGAGAAGGAAUCAACCAAAGGUAAUGAAGAAACGUCCUUAAAACGAGCAAGAUCGACCGAAUUAGUGUUCAAGCAGACCUCUAGUUUUCCACAACCAAAAGCCGGUCGGGUAACGGACACGGUGAAGACGUUCCAGUGCCAUUUGUGCCCGGUGGCCUAUGCCACGCAGAAACUAUUAACGCGCCACCACAAUACCCAUAUCAAGGGCCUGAAGAGCGGCAAGGGUGGCACCCUUAAGUGUCCCAGCUGCUCGCUGCAACUUUCCUGCGCUAGCUCUCUCAAGCGACAUAUGAUAAUUCACACGGGUUUAAAACCCUUUAAAUGUAGCGAAUGCGAGCUGUCCUUCUCCCAGCGGGAAGUUCUUAAGCGUCACAUGGACACGCACACGGGAGCCAAGCGCCAUCAAUGCCCACAAUGUUCGAGUUGCUUUGCUCAGAAGUCCAAUCUGCAGCAGCACAUCGGUCGGGUGCACAUGGGCAACUCUCGGACGCACAAGUGUCACUUGUGCGCGCGCAGCUUUAAUCAUGUUUCAGGCCUGAGCCGCCACCUUGUCACCCAUGCCGGUGUCAUGUUCUCCUGCAAACAGUGCGGGCGACAGUUCAACGAUCGAAGCGCUGUCCAACGUCAUGUGACAACCAUGCACAAAGUCAAGAACAAAUACGCAGACUACAUAUCUGAGCCUGAGAUCAACGAAAUCAAGUUUCAAGCUGUCUCGUCGUAGAACCUAAUGAUGAAUCCGUUUAUGCUACUACACCUACAAAGAUCAACAUUGCUCGGAAUAUUAUACAACUUUAUUCGCGAACUUAGAGUGCUAACAACAGUUGGCACCAAAUAUCAUCAUGUUAAUAUUAAAACAUUUAGAAAACAUGCAGCGGUAAACAUUUUAGCAAACAAAUACAAAUCGGAACAUUUGGAACACCUCUGUAACAGGACACAAUAUAGCUAGACAUACAUUUUACAAUAUCGUUUAAUAAAUACCCCAUAAGACGAUGUACAAUUUUAUAGGUAAAUACACGUAUUUUUAAUAAACUCAA